AUGGAUUCCACGUCACUCGAGGAUAUUGCGCUCAGCUAUCGCGACAUUAGCCGAGGUCGCCUCAUUAAUGUCGAGGGCAAUCCUUUUGCUGUGCUACACCUCGAUGUCAUUCGUCGUGGCCGGCGCAUCAAAAAAAGAAUAUCGACACCUUUUGCUUUGGCCAGAAAGCAAGCCGAUUCAAUGAGCCCGAUUCGUCAGGCCACGGGUGACAGCAAUAACAACCCAUACGAGGCGCUCUAUGUCUACGGCGAGACUACAUUCCUUGCGCUUCCCACCGAGCUUCGAGAUAUGGUGUACAACGAAGCGAUUGGACACUGCCAAGCUUCCAGUCCCAACUCGUGUACGGAUCCUGGAAAGCACGGCUACUGUUGCUGCGCCGUCAUCUGUAAAGGCGCUCGGCGGUAUACGCGUGUUCGGGAGGAGGAUAUGCAUAUGUCAAUGCUUCUGGUUAACAAGCAGAUUGGGGAAGAAUGGCGUGAAGUUCUGGACAAACAUGUUCCAGUCCACCUUCAAAUCGACAUGACACUCAAGAAUCUGGACGACUCGUCGAAACGCCUAGUAGGCAACAUGAGCAAAGCGCUCCCAACUGAGACGGUGAAGAGCGCUAGGGGAGCCUCCCCACCAGCUGAGAAGCAUGAUCGGCAGAGCGAAGUCAUCAGCACUUUCGCAGCUCGAGGAGCCUUUCUGGAGAUAUGCUGCAUUACGGAGGGGUGGGCACCAGCGCCUGACCAUCAUACCGGCAUUACAGCAGAGCUCACUCCCAGCGAGGAAGAAAUGAACUUCCACAUCAUUACCUCAGCCGGCUUCGAGGGCUUCUGCAAGCGUCUUCGUCUCUGCGCCAAGCUCGAAGACCUCGUCGUGGAAUGGCGGCUAAGUUCUAACGAGGACUAUGUCAUGCAUGCAGGAUCACAGUCCGGAACUCCCAACAUGCUUUUCGAGAGCAUGAUCCAGGUCAUCGAGGCUAUCCCGCGCCUGAAGCGAUACUGUCUGGAGUGUGGAAACUACGUCAUGUUCGCGAGCAGACCGAUUGGUGAAACUUGGGGAAGCGAUAAAACACUGCGUCUGACGCAUGACAUCGAGGAUGUUCUCAGCGAGGCGCCUUGUAUGGAGCUCUAUCGCGAUUUGAAGGCUGAGGCUGGGAGGGACGUUGCGGAGCCAUUCGAAGUAAAGGUGCUAAUGGUCAAAGGGCAGUCUUCUGCCUGA